AUGGCGGUACUCAAGGUGAAGUUCACCAAAACCAAGCGUUGCAAGCUGGCCCAAAUUUUGUGGAUCCUCAACUGGAUUUCUGUAAUCACCGGCAUCAUUCUCUUCAGCCUGGGUCUCUUCCUCAAAGUCGAGAUCCGGAAAAAGAACGAGAUCAUGUACAAUCGAGAAAUCCAUUCCGUCCCCAACAUGCUCAUUGCCGUUGGAGUCAUAGCCUGUGGAAUUAAUUUCCUCGGCGGGAAGAUCUGCUACGACUGCUCCGACUCCAAUAAGUUUCAUCGCUGGAAGCUAAUCAUGCUCCCCUACAUUAUCUGCACCUUCUUUUUCACCUUUUGCGUCCUGGUGGGGGCGCUAAUGUGUUAUACCAUGAAGAAUGAACUGGAAGAAUCCCUCUACCUGGGCUUGAAGGAAGCAUUAAAGUUCUACAAGGACACGGACAUCCCUGGAAGGUGCUUCCUAAAGAAGACCAUUGACCUGCUGCAGAUGGAGUUUCGCUGCUGUGGGAAUAACGGCUUCCGGGACUGGUUUGAAAUCCAGUGGGUCAGCAUGCGGUAUCUGGAUGUGUCCAAUAAGGAGGUCCAGGACCGCCUAAAGAGUAACGUGGACGGGAAGUACUUGAUGGAUUCAGUUCCUUUCAGCUGCUGCAAUAUUUACUCCCCUCGGCCCUGCAUCCAGCAUCAGCUGACCAACAACUCGGCCCACUACAGCUACGAAUUCCAGACGGAGGAGCUCAACGUGUGGAUGACCGGCUGCCGCCAAGCACUGCUCGAGUACUAUAUGCAGAUCAUGCAGUCGAUUGGAUUCACCGUUCUCAUUAUUUGGCUCUUUGAGCUGUCUGUGCUUACUGGGGUGCGCUAUCUUCAAACGGCCUUGGAGAAUGUCCUUCUGCAAGGUGACCCAGACUCUGAAUCGGAGGGCUGGCUUCUUGAAAAUGGCUUUGUGGAGACAGCUCGCACCAAUUUUAACAUCAUUAAGAACCUUGGCAAAUCAAACCAAAUUAAUGCAGUGUCCGGGAAUGAGGACCCCAACCUUAAUGUUACUCCCUCCAGCCAUGGAGCUACUAGGACACACAUUCCAACUGUCAGCUAAGUACUGGAGUCUGGAGGGAGGAUCAAACAUCAACCCUGAGGGGCUUCACACCAUCUCCAACAAAGAUAAUGGAAUGGAAGAUGACAGGAACUGGAACCAUUGCCUUCAAUCCAAACUACACCCAUAAUGUCUCCUGAUCCCAACUGUCCAGCCCAAGGGUUAAAUUAUGCAGGAUCUUAAAAAGCUGUUGGUUAACAAGAGACUUUGUUUCUGAAAGUUAUGCUUAGAAGAACAAACACCUCAGGAUGAUUGGUCUGUUUCAACCAGGGUGAUCUUUACUGAUGGUGCACAGAUCAGACAUGUGAAACAUUCCAACACACUUGUAACUCACAAGAGGACUGGAUGCUGAUGGAACUUCAUGGAGAGGAGGCCAUUAGAUGGGACCCAAAGGCUGUGUUGCUUGAUGAUCAUCAAAGACAAGACAAGUACAAAGCUCCAGAGGGAGCAGGUUCAGACCACCAUGUUUGGAAAGGCAAAUGGCGAGAACUGUAAAUGUGUCAACAACAGUCCUAUUCACAUAGUGCUAUGAAGACUUGA